UCUGGUGACGAAAAGCGGUAUUUCACGCUCGGUGAAGAUAACACAAAUCUGCGGGUAAACGACAGGAUAGACCGAGAGGGUAUCUGCGGCGCCCUGUCGCCCUGUGUCCUCAGUUUUGAGGCAGUGGUGGAAAAUCCUUUCAACAUAUUUCAUAUAAGCAUUACUAUCCAGGAUAUCAAUGACAAUGCGCCACAGUUUGAGAGAGAAUCUGUUGUCAUAGAAAUUAUAGAGUCCACGCCUCCUGGGGCCAGGUUCCCACUGAGCAGUGGCAGAGACCCCGACAUUGGGACGAACUCAUUACAAAACUACCGACUUACUCCCAACCCGCUCUUCUCCCUUGUAGUGAAGGUGAGUCCUGAUGGGACGAAACAGCCGGAAUUAGUGCUGGAGAAAACCUUAGAUCGAGAAAAACAAAGAAAUCACCAUUUGAUACUGAUAGCGGUGGAUGGCGGGGAUCCAGUCCGAUCCGGGACUGUCCAGAUUAAGAUUAACGUGACCGACGCAAAUGACAACCCACCGGUAUUCACCAAAUUGAUAUACAAGGUUCGACUGCUGGAAAACCUGCCAGAGAGCUCCUUAGCUUUUCAGGUGAAAGCUACCGACGUCGACGAAGGUACAAAUGCAGAAAUUACCUACUCUUUUAGUGACAUCGAAAACAGUGCUCGCCGACUCUUCACUCUGGACUCCAGGACAGGGGAGGUGAAGAUAUCAGGCCCCUUAGAUUAUGAAGAAAGAAAAUACUAUGAAGCGACUGUUGAAGGCAAAGACGGGGGUGGGCUGAGUGCCCACGCCAAAGUGCAAAUAGACAUUAUAGACAUGAACGACAAUGCCCCAACACUUUCCCUGCUGCCUAUCUUGAACCCUAUACCCGAAGACUCGGUUCCGAGCACAGUUAUAGCCGUGAUCAAUGUCCGUGAUAGAGACUCGGGAGAUAACGGAGAAGUGAGCUGUAACAUCGAAGGUGAUUUGCCUUUCAGACUAGAGCCGUCAUCAGAGACCACCUACAAACUAAUAAUAGCCAGUAUCCUGGACAGAGAAAAGAUGUCCGCAUACAAUAUCACGAUCACUGCCAGGGACCGGGGCAGCCCGGCGCUGUCGUGCCGCACGGCGCUGGUGCUGGAGGUGUCGGACGUGAACGACAACGCGCCGGUCUUCGAGGAGGACGCCUACAGCGCCUACGUGGCGGAGAACAACGCGGCGG